AGCAUCAGCUCUACAACCUCCUCUCAAACACCCCUCAGACCCCGCUUUUGCCUUUUCAAAAUGGCGGAAGCAGUGCUCUUCAGCCUUGCCACCAACAUACUGGAAAGCAUCGCCACCGAAAUUGCAAAACCUGGAGGCUCCUUCGCUUCUCAGAAGGUCCAGUUGCUCUGCAGUGCCAAGGACGAGCUCCAAAGCCUUCAGGACACCGUCCAGACCAUCCAAGCUGUGCUUUUGGAUGCCGAGAAGAAGCAAUGGCACGACAACCAGGUCAAGCUCUGGCUCAGGAGGCUCAAGUACGUGCUGUACGAUGUACAGGACUUGUUCGAUGAUGUCGCAACCGAAAAUCUGAGGCGGAAAGUCACUUCCGGCAACAAGAUGUCGAAAGCGGUACGCGUUUUCUUCUCUAAAUCGAAUCAGCUUGCACACCGCCUCAGAGUGGCUAAUAAGAUUCGGGAACUUAGGAAGGAACUAGAUCGGAUUAAAAGUGAUAAGGAGUUAUCAAAUUUAGAGCAGCAUCUGAGCGAGGAAACAAUCGGGAGAGGAAAGAAACCUGAAGUUCCCUCACCUGAUGAAAAAAUAAUUGGUAGGGAAGAGGACAAAAAAAAGAUCAAACAACUGUUGUUUGAUUCCUCCUCUAGCCAGAGUGCGUCAUUUGUUGCCAUCGUUGGUAAAGGAGGUCUUGGAAAAACCGCACUUGCACGACUAGUGUACAACGAUGGGGAGGUAAAAGAACAUUUUGGGCUUAAGAUGUGGGUGUGUGUAUCUGAUGUCUUUAACGUGAAUGUGGUUAUCAAAGAAAUUCUUAAAUCAGCGAAAGACAACUGUCAAGAGCGUGAUGAUGAUGAGAUGAAAAAGUUAUUACAAGAUCUUGAGAAUAAGCCUAUAGACCAAUUGCCAAGUCUUCUUCGUGAGAUUCUAGGCAGGAAGAAAUACUUGCUUGUUUUGGAUGACUUGUGGAAUGAAGAUCGGGAUAAAUGGUUGAAGCUUGGAGAUUGGCUUGAGGGUGGUUUACAGGGAAGCAAGAUACUUGUAACCACUCGUAGCCACAAAGUUGCAGAGGUCACGGAUGCGAAAUCGGUUAUCCAUGAUCUAAAUGGCCUAUCUGAAGAUAAGUCAUGGAACUUAUUCAGGAAAAUGGCCUUUGGAGAUGGGGUAGAAUUAUCAAACCCAGAACUGGAGGAGACAGGUCGAGAUAUAGUUGAAAAAUGCGCCGGCGUUCCCCUUGCCAUUAGAACUAUAGGAGGCCUUUUGUACGGCAAAAAUAAAGAUGAAUGGCUCCGUUACAAAGUGCGUGAACUUCCAGAAAUACGAGAAAUUGAUGAGGUUGAUGAUGGAAUUAUGCAAGUACUCAAGUUCAGUUACGAUCAUCUCCCGUCAUGCUUGAAACAUUGUUUUGCAUAUUGCUCAUUGUUUCCGAAAGAUCAUAUCUACGAGAAAGAGAUGAUGACACAUCUUUGGGUGGCACAAGGCUUUAUUGAGUCACGCAACGGGGAGGAUAACCUUGAAGAGGUUGCUGACAAUUACUUGUCGGAACUACUGUGUAGGUCAUUCCUCGACAUUGCAAGCAAAGCCGUUGAUGGCGAGGUUCUAACUUUCAAGAUGCAUGAUCUCAUGCAUGAUCUUGCCCAAAAAGUUGCUGGAGGUGAAUGCAAGAUUGUUAAUUUUAAAGGAGAAGAUAAUGAUAGCGGAAUUCGACAUGCGUCAUUUAGUUCGGAGAUUUUCUCUGAAGAGAAAAUGGUGUCCACAUCCAAAUUGCGGACGUUUCUCUAUUUGGGAGGUGAAUACUCUGUACUCAACUCUUCCAAAGUUUUUUCUGGGUGUAGACACUGUCGAGCGUUGGGUUUGGACAAUACAGAUAUUCCUCUCCUUCCUUCCUCCUUUGGAAAGUUGAAGCAGUUAAGGUUUCUUGAUAUUUCUGCAAACCAAUCUAUCCAGAGUUUGCCGGAUUCAAUUGCGGAUUUGGUGAACUUGCAGUUCCUCAAACUCAUUGGUUGUGAGAACCUUAAAACAUUUCCAAGAGAUUUGAGGAAAUUGGUCAAGCUCAUGUACCUCAAAAUUGGGGACUGUGACUCACUGAGCCACCUACCACCCCUGAGUGAACUCCCUUCCCUACGGACGUUGAUUCUCCUGAGCUUGGAUGCGUUGGAGUUCCUUCAACAAACAAGUGACCCAGAACAAUCUGAUACUACACGCCCCUUCUUCCCAUCCCUUGAGAAACUAUCCCUUCGCUUCUGCAGCAACCUGAAAGGAUGGUGGGGAAGAAAGCUAGUAAUGGGAGCAUAUCAAAAGCAUCGGUCAGACAAUUCACUGUCAUCCUUCCCAAAACUUUGGUCCGUGAAUAUAAGGGGCUGUCCCCACUUGAAUUUUGUGCCACCAUUCCCCCAGGUGGAAUACUUGUCCACCGAUAGCACGAAAAUGUUGGAACAACAAUUGAUGGUCAAUCCAAAUUGCCCAUCAGAAGCAACAGUGGGAUCCACAUUCAUCCCUUUCUCUAAACUAAAGCGUCUAGUUCUUAAAGGUAGGGAUUGGGAGCCCUCAACGCUCGAGACUCUACUCCGAUUGGCCAGUAAUCUCGAGUCCAUGAGCCUCAUCGAAUGCGACCUAAGGAGUCUCUCUCAUGGUAUGCAGCACCUUUCCUUGCUCCAGAAACUCGAGAUUUGGGAUUGUGAAGGACUCGAUUUAUCAUGCCAAGAAGACGAGCAUGGCACCCAAUGGCGAUACCUUACGAAACUUCAUGUUCUUAAAAUAGGAUAUGUUCAGAAUUUGGUGGCAUUACCCGAGGGGAUUCAGUAUGUCACGACUCUGCAAUCUCUCGAGAUUUAUCAAUGUUGGAAUCUGGAGAGUUUGCCGGAAUGGAUUGAAAAUUUCUCUUUGCUCGAAAAGCUUGUAUUAUAUGGCUGCCCGAGAUUAGAGCGUUUGCCAUUGGAGAUGCGCAGCCUCACACGCUUGAAGGAAAUGAGAAUCGGUAAUUGUCCAGCUCUAAAAGAGAGGUACCUAACAGAUGGCCGUGAAGAUUGGCCAGAGAUUGCGCACAUUCCGGUCAUCGUUUGGGAGGAUGGAUCGUACGAUUAGCAUGGUAGAGUGCAGACUUUUAUCAAAAGGAAAGAAGUUGUUCCUUGUUUUGUCGCGCGUGUGAAAAACCUCCUUCUAUCUCCUCCAUCACGGCCGCCGGAACUCCCUGAUUCGCCACCACCUGGAAGGACCCCAGCGUCUCCGACGCGCGUCGCAUCCUCUCGAUCGCCUCCUUCCUCUUGGCCGGGUCGCGGUCGAUCCCGCCGAGGUCGAUGAUCGGGAAGCUAAGAUUCUCGGAUCCGCCGCUCGAUUCGGAGCUGCCUUCGGAUGUCUUGUCCGGUCGGAUGUAGAGAUUCUGGGGAUUUCGGUGAUCCCGGCGUCGAGGAGGCCUUUGACGCCGGCUUUCAAGUCGUCGCUCGCUCUGUCGUGGCUCUGCUCACCGGAGUCGAAGGCCAAGUCGAUGGUAGGAACUGUUCCUAUCUCUCUCUUUCUCUUUACUGCAAUUCAAUUUUCACUGUGAAUGUAUAUUUGUUGGGGAUGUGUUUGGAUUAUGAAUUGAAUGUUAUGGAGACAUUUGGAUUA